AUGCUCUGCAGUCGCUGCUUGCCUCUCACCGAGGACACCGUCACGUCUUGCUGCUCCUACACAGUCAGCUCUGGUCGCCGUGUGGGCAGCUUCAGCUCUUGCUCAGCAAAGACCCCGCAGAACCUGAACCACUUCCGGGCCAGCUCUGUCUCCUGCAGGAGUGGGCCCCGCUUCCAGGGUCUUAGCAGCUUUGACAGUCGGAGUGUCAUCAGGUUUGGAUCGUGCUCACCCCGGAUAGCAGCUGUUGGCCUCGGCUAUGGCUUCGGUGGCCCUGGCUUUGGCUAUCGAGUUGGAGGAGCUGGAGUGCCAGCAGCCCCAUCCAUCAGAGCAGUGACUGUUAACCAGAGCCUGCUGACCCCCCUCAGCCUGGAGAUUGACCCUAAUGCCCAGACGGUGAAGAAGGAUGAGAAGGAGCAAAUCAAGACCCUCAAUAACAAAUUUGCCUCCUUCAUCGACAAGGUGCAGUUCCUGGAACAGCAGAAUAAGCUCCUAGAGACCAAGUGGAACUUCCUCUAAGAGCAGAAAUGUGCCAGGAGCAACCUGGAGCCCCUCUUCGAGAACUACAUCACCAACCUGCGGAGGCAGCUGGACACAGUGAACAGCGAACAGGCCCAGCUGGAGGCUGAGAGGAACAGCAUGCAGGAUGUCCUUGAGGGUUUCAAGAAGAAGUAUGAAGAGGAGGUGGGACUCCGGGCCAGUGCUGAGAAUGAGUUUGUGGCUCUGAAGAAGGAUGUGGAUACAGCUUUUUUAAAUAAGUCUGAUCUAGAGGCCAGCGUGGAUACCUUAACUCAGGAUAUCGACUUCCUGAAAACCCUAUACAUGGCGGAAAUCCAGUUGCUGCAGUCACACAUCUCUGAGACAUCAGUCAUUGUGAAGAAGGACAGCAGCCAGGACCUGAACUUUGAUGGGAUCAUCGCCGAUAUCAAGGCCCAGUAUGAAGAGAUCGCCAGGCGCUGUUGGGCUGAUGCAGAGGCCUGGUACCAGACCAAGUAUGAGGAGAUGCGGGUGACAGCUGGUCAACACUGUGAGAACCUGCGUAACACUCGAGAUGAGAUCAAUGAGCUGACCCGCCUGAUCCAGAGGCUGAAGGCAGAGAUCGAGCACGCCAAGGCUCAGCACUGCAAGCUGGAGGCCGCUGUGGCCGAGGCAGAGCAGCGGGGCGAGGCAGCCCUCAGCGACGCCAAGUGCAAGCUGGCGGAGUUGGAGGCCGCCCUGCAGCAGGCCAAGCAGGACAUGGCACGGCAGCUGAAGGAGUACCAGGAGGUGAUGAACGUCAAGUUGGCCCUGGACAUCGAGAUCACCACCCAUAAGCGCCUGCUGGAGGGCGAGGAGAUCCGGAUCUAUGAAGGUGUUGGACCAGUAGACAUAUGGGAUGGCAAGGCUAAACGCAAGUCCCCUUGCUGCUGCUGUGGCUACAGCCGCCAAACAAAGCGCUCAGGGCCUGUGCUGGGCUCUGCAGGGUAG